AUGAAAAUGAUAAACACAAUGUCUUUGGCUCCAGUUCAGAUUUUCCAGGACAAUGCGACUGAAGAGCGCGCAGAGAACGCUCGUCUGUCUUCCUUCAUUGGCGCUAUCGCCGUUGGAGAUCUCGUAAAGAGCACACUCGGACCCAAGGGCAUGGCAAGUGCCUAUUAUUUUGUCAAGUUGAACCCUCAAUUGCUGAUCGCUGACAAGAUUCUUCAAUCCGCUUCUACUGGAGAGAUCAUGGUCACCAACGACGGCGCCACGAUCUUGAAGUCAAUUGCUCUCGACAACGCAGCAGCCAAGGUUCUCGUCAACAUUUCCAAGGUUCAGGACGACGAAGUCGGCGACGGCACGACCUCGGUCUGUGUCCUCGCAGCCGAGUUGUUGAGAGAGGCCGAGAAGCUGGUCAGCCAAAGGAUUCACCCCCAGACGAUCAUUGAAGGUUACCGUAUUGCCAGUGCUGCAGCCUACAAGGCCCUUGAAGAGUCUGCAAUCGAUCAUAGCCAGGAUCCUGUUGUCUUCAGGGAGGAUUUGAUCAACAUUGCUAAAACGACUUUGAGUUCCAAGGUUUUGUCACAAGACAAGGAGUACUUUUCAAAGUUGGCGGUCGAUGCUGUGUUGAGAUUGAAGGGAAGCACCAACUUGGAGAACAUUCAGAUUAUCAAGAAGGUUGGAGGGCGUCUUGCAGACUCUUACUUGGAUGAGGGAUUCAUUCUGGACAAGAAGAUUGGUGUCAACCAGCCCAAGCGCAUCGAGAACGCCAUCAUCAUGGUCGCCAACACCCCUAUGGACACGGACAAGAUCAAGAUUUUCGGCGCUCGUAUUCGUGUCGAAGGAACCGGCAAACUGGAAGAGUUGGAGCGUGCAGAGCGCGAAAAGAUGAGGGCCAAGGUCGAGAAGAUCAAGGAGCACGGCAUUACCUGCUUUGUCAACCGUCAAUUGAUUUACAACUGGCCCGAGCAGCUCUUUGCCGAUGCUGGUAUCAUGUCGAUUGAGCACGCGGAUUUCGAUGGUGUUGAGCGAUUGGCCCUUGUUACUGGAGGCGAAAUUACUUCGACUUUUGAUCACCCUGAGCUUGUCCGUCUUGGUCACUGCGAUGUCAUUGAGGAGGUCAUCAUUGGCGAGGACCGCUUGAUCAAAUUCUCGGGAGUUGCUGCAGGAGAGGCUUGCACGAUUGUUCUCCGCGGUGCCACGCACCAAUUGCUGGAUGAGUCCGAGCGCUCCAUCCACGACGCCUUGAGCGUCCUCACCCAAACCACCCAAGAGCCCCGGACAGUUCUCGGCGGCGGCUGCUCCGAAGUCCUAAUGUCCAAGGCCGUAGACGAGAUCGCAGCCAAGACCGCCGGCAAGCAACAGGCCGCCAUCGAGGCCUUCUCUCGUGCGCUCCGUCAGAUGCCUACGAUCCUUGCUGACAAUGGUGGUUAUGAUAGUGCAGAUCUGGUGGCCAAGUUGAGGGCGAGCCAUUAUGAGGGCAACGCGACGCAUGGGCUGGAUAUGGAGAAUGGUGCGGUGGGUGAUAUGAGAGAGUUGGGGAUUACGGAGAGUUACAAGUUGAAGAGGCAAGUGUUGUUGAGUGCCUCUGAGGCUGCGGAGAUGAUCUUGAGAGUGGAUAAUAUCCUCCGUUGUGCGCCAAGACAGCGCCAGGGAUAA